AUGAGUGCCAGAGCAGUGGUCCCCUCUUCUCUUGCUUGGGGGCUUCUAAGCUGCUGUUUCCUCUGCAGUGGGGCUCUGGGGAGCCAAAGGCCCUCACGCUCUCUGCCUCCACGGCCCUCCCAAGCCAUGCCAGGAUUUGGCCCCACGUGGAUGCCCCCGAAGGGGGCAGAAGCGGCCCUGGCCUUUCUCUACUCUGGAGACGUUCAACAGCUGUCAGGAGCAAACUGUAGCGGGAAGUAUGAAGUCCGUGGGGCAGAAGGCAAAGCCGGGGUCCCCCCAGUCCUACAGAGAGCAGCGGGCACCCUGGCCCAGGCUGCCAACUUUCUCAACAUGCUUCUACAAGCCAACGACAUCCGGGAGUCAAGCGUGGAGGAGGAUGUGGAGUGGUACCAGGCACUCGUUCGCAGUGUGGCAGAGGGAGACCCGAAAGCCUACAGGGCUCUGCUGACCUUUAACCCUCCACCCGGGGCUAGCCACCUUCAGCUGGCCCUGCAGGCCACUCGGAUGGGGGAUGAGACCAUCCUUCAGGACCUGUCUGGGAACAAGGUACAGGAAGAGAAUCCAGAAGAGGAUUUAGAUAGCCCUGGCCUCCAGAAGCGAGUACUGACCAAUGACCUAAGGAGUCUUGACAGUCCCAAGUGGCCACGGGGGGAUGGGUACGUGGGGGACAUACAGCAGGUGAAGCUAUCUCCUCCCUUCCUGGAAUGCCAUGAGGGCCGGCUCCGUCCUGGCUGGCUAGUCACAGUCUCGGCCACGUUCUAUGGACUCAAGCCAGACCUCACCCCAGAGGUCAGGGGACAGGUGCAGAUGGACAUCGACCUCCAAAGUGUGGACAUCAACCAGUGCGCAAGCGGCCCAGGCUGGUACUCGAACACACACCUGUGUGAUCUCAACAGCACCCAGUGUGUCCCUCUGGAGAGUCAGGGUUUUGUCCUUGGCCGCUAUCUCUGUCGUUGCCGACCUGGAUUCUAUGGAGCUGGUGGUUCUGGGGGGUUAGAGGAGAGUGCUACUCAGACUGCUGGGCAAUUUGGGUCCCCACAAGGCAGCUCAGGGAAGCUGCUACGAUGCCAACCGUGUCCUGAGGGCUGUACCAGCUGUCUGGAUGCCACACCAUGCCUGGUGGAGGAGGCCCGGGCGCUGAGGACAGCAGUGCUGGCUUGCCAAGCCUGCUGCAUGCUGGCUGUCUUCCUGAGUAUGCUGGUUGCCUACCGUUGCCGAGGGAGCAAGAGAAUCCGGGCAUCUGGGAUCGUCCUCCUGGAAACCAUUCUUUUUGGAUCCUUACUUCUGUACUUCCCGGUAUUCAUCCUGUACUUCAAGCCCAGCGUAUUCCGCUGCGUCGCUCUUCGCUGGGUCCGGCUGCUGGGGUUUGCCGUCGUCUAUGGGACCAUUAUCCUCAAGCUUUAUAGGGUGCUCCAGCUGUUUCUGUCUCGAACUGCACAGCGGGGGCCGCACCCAAGCAGCGGGCAGCUGCUGCAGCGUCUGGGGCAACUCCUGCUUCUGGUAUUGGGCUUCCUGGUCGUGUGGACAGCGGGCGUUCUGGAGCCAGGCAUCCAGCACACACCUCUGGUGACCCGGGGUCACACCCCCACUGGCCGCCAUUUCUACCUCUGUCACCAUGACCACUGGGACUACAUCAUGGUUGUGGCGGAAAUGCUGCUACUCUGUUGGGGCAGCUUUCUCUGCUAUGCCACCCGGGCUGUACCCUCAGCCUUCCAUGAGCCACGCUACAUGAGUAUUGCCCUGCACAAUGAGCUGCUGCUCUCUACGGCCUUCCACACAGCCAGGUUUGUGCUGGUUCCUUCCCUGCACCCAGACUGGACCCUUCUCCUCUUCUUCCUCCAUACCCACAGUACAGUCACAGCCACACUGGCUCUGAUCUUCAUCCCUAAGUUCUGGAAGCCGGGGGCACCUCCCAGGGAGGAGAUCUUGGAUGAAGUGUACGAGGAUGAGCCGGACCUGCAUCGCUCAGGCUCCUACCUCAACAGCAGCAUCGCCUCAGCCUGGAGCGAGCGCAGCCUGGAUCCAGGGGAUAUUCGGGAUGAGUUGAAGAAGCUCUAUGCCCAGCUAGAGGUCCGAAAGACCAAGGAGAUGGCCGCCAACAACCCCCACCUGCCCAAGAAGCGGGGCAGCUCACGCCAGGGAUUGGGGCGCUCUUUCAUGAGAUACCUAGCUGAGUUCCCAGAGGCCCUGGCUAGACAGCAUUCUCGGGACUCAGGCUCUCUAGGCCUCAGCAGCCUGCCAGGGUCUUCUCGACGAAGGCUCCUCAGCUCCAGCCUUCAGGGAACAGAGAAGGCACCAGCCCUCCGCAAGACCCGCAGCACGUACGAGCACCACAGGGAGCACCACAGGGAGCACCACACUCCUCCCUCUGAAUCCUCGCUCAGGCGGACCCUGUCCAAGAAGGCCUCACCCACAGAGGGCCAAGUGUCGGUAGAGGGGCCCCCAGCCCUGGGCUUCAGAUCAGCCAGUGCCCACAACCUGACAGUGGGAGAAAGACUCCCUAGAGCCAGGCCCAUGUCCCUGCAGAAGUCACUCAGUGUGGUGGCUGGCUCCAGGGAAAAGGCUCUGCUUGUGGCUAGUCAGGCCUACCUGGAGGAAACCUAUCGGCAGGCAAAAGAGAGAGAGGAAAGAAAGAAGGCUGAGGCAGCCAUGGUGAGCCCGGUGCGGAGGCCAUCAGCCAGGAGGCUGGAAUGGCCUCUUAGGGCCCCUCUGUCAGCCCCACCUUCUCCUGCCAAGAGCAGCAGUGUGGAAAGCUCUCAUACCCCGGGGAGGCCUCAUGAAGAGGCUGGGAGAAGGCUGCCUCACCCACCCAUCCGGCACCAGGUCUCCACACCCAUCUUGGCUCUGUCUGGGGCCUGCCUGGGAGAGCCAAGAAUGUUGUCUCCCACCCCAACCUCCACAUUGGCUCCCGUUCUGUUGCCAGCUCUGGCCCCAACCCCUACCCCUGUUCUGACACCAGUCUCAAAGCCCCCCCAAAGCCCUACCCUUCUCACUUUCAUCUGCCCCUGGGAGAAUGCAGAACUGCCAGGCAAGAAAGAAAAUGUGGUUCAGGAAGGUUCUACAGGGCCAGAGCGAAGCAGUCACACACCUGCCUCAGCUCGUACCAAGAUCUGGAGGGCCCUGUCUGUGGCAGUGGAGAAAAAGGGGACUGGAGAGAGUGAGGCACUCACAGAGGGUGGACACGUCCAGGGGGAAGCAGAUGAUACAGAUGAGGAAAAGUCCAAGAUCUUCUCAAAGUCCCACAGCCUCAAGACCCCUCUGCAGCAGGGUUCCGUGCGCAGCCUGGGUCUGGCCAUCAAAGCUCUGACCCGUUCUAGAAGCAUCUACAAAGAGAAGGACGGUGGAGAGGGCACCCCUGAGACCGAGAAGGGAAAACCGGCAGAGGUGAGCUCAGGGGCUCCACCCCGAUCUCCCAGGCUAGGCCGGCCCAAGGCAGUGAGCAAACAGGCUGCCCUCGCCCCCUGUGAGGAUGAGGAGUCCCUCCAGAACCAACAGAAUGCUCACACCAGCCGAAUGCUCCACGUUUGUCAAAAGGAGGGCAGCCGAGAGCACGAAGAUAGAAACAAGAGAGCGUCCCAGGGUCCAGGGGAGCGGAAGAUUGAGAGAACUGGUAAAAUAGCGCUUGCCACACUGCGGCAAGUUUUUGGGGAGAAAAAUGCUGAACAAGCGAAGGAAUCCCCUGUGGGAUAUAAAGAGGUGCCCAGCCUUGCCCUCCAGCCCCUAGGCAGUGCUGACCACAGGGUGGCAGAGGUGUGCCCCUGGGAAGUCACUGAAUCUGAAUCAGGAAUGGGCCCACAAGAGAGUGUGGACAAGGCCAAAAUCUGCUCCUGGGAGGGGACUGAAGGAGGGGGUCUUGAGAAGAAGCCAUCGAGACAAGUAUUAAGUAGGUCCUGGGAAGAGAGAGAGAAAGUCCCAGGGGAGUCAGAGCCUGAAGGUGCGGGUGCCAUUACUCGGAAGAAGCCCGAGAGGCUGGUCCGAGGCCAAGAGGCAGUGUGUCCUUGGGAAAGCCCCGACUCUGGAGGUCAGUCUCCUCAGCUGGUGCACCAGGAUUCUGACAGAAGCCAGGGCAGGCCUGUGGUAGUAAGCAAAGGAGGAAAGCAUCCAGGGGCUCUUUUGCCUGACGCUGCUAAGGCAGAACUGUGCCCGUGGGAGAUGAGGGAUGUGGGGGAGGGGACAUCUGCUCAGAGGGUACAGGAACUCCCUGAAGAAAGGCAUAAAUCCCCAAAGAAGGCGACCUUCUGGAGAGAACAGAAACUGGGCGGGGACCUGGUGUCACUUUGUCCGUGGGAAAGUACUGAUUUCCGGGGCCCCUUGGCUGUCUCACUUCAAGCCCCAGGGAGCUCAGGGAGUUUUGGCAGUGGCAUUACAGAGAUAUGCCCUUGGGAGGCAGGAGAGCUGUCUAAUGACAAGAAAGCAGAGGUCUGUCCCUGGGAGCUGGGGGAUGAACUAGCAGGUACAGAAGCACUGAAUCAGGGAACGGAUGGGGAAUCUCUCCCAGGAAAGGAGGCUGCCUCCAGAAAGCAAUGCUCAGCAGAGGUGGGGGGACAAACUGCAAGGGCAAAGUCCACAGACCGUCAAGGGCAGGAGUCCGUGUGCCCCUGGGAGGACAAAACCCCUGAGCAGUCCAGCCCACAUCCAGACAACUCUUCAUCCAAGGCUGGUGAGAAAUUCCUACGCAAUGCGGGUAGCCAGGUACUGCAAGUGUGUCCUUGGGAAGCCAUCGAGCCAGAGGAAAGGCAAGCGACACCUUCAACAGCCGAAAUCUGUCCAUGGGAAGUGGACGGACGAACAGAGACCAGGGCAUCAGAGCACGCACCUAAGGAAGAAGUUCAAAAGGAUGAGAAGAAAAUGCCCGGGAGAGCAAGAAUCCAAGCGCGGGAAGAGACUGAGGGGCAGAUCCAAAAGCAGGAAGCAAUCUGCCCCUGGGAGAGCACGGACUGUGAUAGCACCCCCCAAAGAGCCACAGAGAAACCCCAAGCCACUCUCCAGAAGCAAGGCAGCAUGGGGGACAAAGCUGCUGAGAUCUGCCCGUGGGAUGUGGAGGAAACAGCUCAGAAGGCCAAGAUCUGUCCCUGGGAUGUGGACACUGGGGCUGGAGAGGAAAGGACUGUUGGAGCUGAAGCCUCUAGGAUUUCUCCAAAUGAUGCAAGUCAGACUUCUGCAGAUGCUGGACCCAGUCAGGUAGCUGCUAGGGCUCUGAAGAAGCCAGAGAGGCUCAGCUCAGAGAAGGAGGUGGUCUGUCCCUGGGACAGCACCAGCCCAGGGGCGUCCUCUCAGCAGCCGGACACUUUGAACACUGAGAAAGUAAAAGAUGAACUCCAGGAAAACGUGAGUCCCAGGCCCAUAGAGGUAUGUCCCUGGGAAGCAGAGGAAGUUCCUGUCAGUGAAAAAGCCAAGAUCUGUGCCCGGGAAUUGAAUGAAGGCACCGUGGGGAAAGGACUGGAGGGAGAGACGGAGAGUGAGCCAACACAGCCAAGGAGAAAGAAUCUAGAAAAGGCAGAAUUCUCCUUCCAAGAAGAAGGCACAUCAAAGGGGGACACAACACUCUGCCAGGAAGAGGAAACUACCUGUUCUUGGAAGCCACCUGCCCAGGUCUCCAAGGCCUCAGACUUACCCAGCAGCAGCAUUAGUCAGGAAGCAGAGGGACAGUCCUGGGAAGCAAGUGACAGUGCAUCAGAGAAGGGAGACCUGAAGACAGGUUCUCUCCCGGAAUACACACCCCAAGGAAAAGUUGCAGCUUUAAAAUCACAGUGUUCUGUUGAUGGGGGAGGAACAAGCUCGGAACUCCAGCCUGACUGUCUGCGGGAAAACAUGGUAUCAGCAGACUCUUUGUCCCAUCCACACAGCCAGUGCCCUGACCAACCUAGAGCCAGCUCCCAGGCACCGGUCAGCUCAGAGGGUGGGGCUGCUGAGCUGUGCCCAUGGGAUGCUUCUGACCCGGAUCUGUAUAAACCUGACCGUGACACCAAGGUUGAGCUCUGUUCCCAGAGGGUGACUGGGAGACUUACAGAGACAGAGACAUCAAGACAGGAUGAAGAGGAAAAACCUCAGGAGGAGAAAGAAAGAGCCCCUGGAAAACGAGAGCAUGAAGGUGUGGCAGUUCAGGAGACGCCACAGACCAGCAACGUUGGGAAACAGGAAGCCAUGUGUCCCAGGGAGAGUCAGGACUUUGGGGUACAAGCAGCUACAGAUGCUUCUGAUGGAAACAAAGGCAGUUCUGAGGACGUGUGUCCUUGGGAAGCAGAGGAGGUUCCUUCUACCGAGAAAGCAGAGAUCUGCCCCUGGGAAGCAGGUCCAGGAGCAGUGGGGGAGGAAGCGCUGGACCUGGGGCAGGAUGGAGAGUCUCAGGGGGUGGGAGGGGUUGAAAGACACCUCUUAAAAGCAGCAGAGGCAGUCUGCCUCUCAGAAGGCUCAGUGUCAGCGGGGCUCUACCCCCAGGAAGACCCGGUAGACACAGACCACCCCAAGGUCAGUCUCCAUGGAGCAAGCAGCCCAGGGAAAGGGCUGGCAGAACUAUGUGUCUGGGAGGUCACAGACCCAGAAGGAAAUAAAAUCAAGGGCACCAUGGCAGACAUCUGUCCGUGGGAGGAAGCUAGAGCCCCACCUGAGGAAUCUGGCCUCCCGGCUUUACCAGUAACCCAGGCAGAUGUGCCUGCUGCCCCUGAGAAAUCAGUUUGCCUCUCAGUACACACACCGUUGGAGAGCUCUCUCCCAGAGAGCAAGAGUGUCCGCCCAGACGUCAGCAAGCCACCUGGUACCUUCCCCCCGGGAGGUGUGGGAGAACAAGAACCUUUGGGACCUGAGCCUGGAGCCAAACCAGACCCAGAGCCAAGCCCCAAAGAAGCGGAGGCUCCAGAGUCGUUGUCCUUAAUUGAAGACCAAGGACACACGGCUUCUGAAGCACAAGCUGGAGAUCUCAGUCCCCCACCUGACUGUCCUUGGGACUGCGAAUGA